AUGGCACCCAUCCCCAUAACAAUAGUGACCGGCUUCCUCGGCUCAGGCAAGACCACCCUAAUCCUCAACCUCCUCCCCCAACUACCUCCCUCGUACCGCAUUGCGCUCCUCAAAAAUGAAUUUGGUGAUCUCGCCGUGGACAGCCAACUGGCCUCCCAACGCUCCAUCUCCGGGGUCCGCGAACUCCUCAACGGCUGCAUCUGCUGCAACCUAGUCGGCCAACUAGGCGAUGCUCUCUUCCAACUCCGCGACACCGUCGAUCCCGCACGCAUCAUCAUCGAAACCUCCGGCAGCGCCUUCCCCGCCACGCUCGCGAUGGAGGUCAACCGGGUCUCGAAUGAAAACCCCGGCACCUUUGUGCUCGACGGCGUCAUCAGCGUGAUCGACGUGGAGAACUGGCGGGGGUACGACGACACGAGCCCGACGGCGCGCAUGCAGGCGCGCUACACGGACCUGAUCAUCUUCAACAAGCACGAGCUGGUCGACGAGCGCAAGUUCGACGACGCCCUCGACCGCGUCGGCGACCUCGACGUCCAGACCGCCUGGGUCAAGUCCGUCAAAGGCUGGGUCGACAAGGAAGUCAUUCUGGGCAUCGACGGCGCCAUGAUCCGCAGCGAAGGGCUGCGCGAGGCCAUCGAGAAGGAGCGCGAGGAGGGCCUGCGCGGCGAGCACCACCAUCAUCAGGACGAGGUCGAGGUGCUGAGCGUCCUGCUCAAGGCCGACGACGGCAGGCCCCAUGGCAUCAGCCUCGACGACUUUGAGGAGCUGCUGCUGAGCGCGCCCAAGGACGAGGUGUACCGGAUCAAGGGGUUGGUUGCGUCCAAGACGCCGCCGCCAGACAGCACGGGCGAUCGAAGGACGAGUCUGGACGGUGAUGGGAAGGGCCUGUAUGUGCUGAACUGGGCGUUUGGGAGGUGGACGUACACGGCGUUGAGCUCGAGUCAGUUCAGCGUGCUGGACGACGCGAGUGCGAGACUGACGUUCAUUCUGGCCAGGGGAGAGAGCAAUCGCUGGAUGAAGAAGCUGCAGAAAGGCGACCUACUGAAGCUGGAUGGCGAUGUGAAAGCAAUGGUGACCGUUGAGAAGGUCGGCGGUGGGGAGCACGCUCACUACAAAGAAAUGUAG